AUGGCAGAAAGUGUUCGAGUUAUUGUUCGAUGUAGACCAUUAAAUGAACGCGAAUUACAAUUGAAUUCAACGUGUGCGCUAAUUGAUGGCACAAACCCACCCAAAUUGUUCACUUUCGAUAGUGUGUAUUAUUUGGACGCUACUGCUGAACAAAUAUACAAUGAUAUUGUCUACCCGUUGGUUGAGAAUGUCAUAGAGGGCUAUAAUGGAACGGUUUUCGCUUAUGGACAGACCGGUUCUGGUAAAACCUAUUCAAUGCAGGGAGAUCCACAAGUGCCUGUACAAAGAGGGAUCAUUCCACGAGCUUUUGAACAUAUUUUUGAAUCUAUCGCAACUACAGAGCAUACUAAAUUCCUUGUGCAUGUUUCUUAUUUAGAGAUUUAUAAUGAAGAAAUUCGUGAUUUAUUGGGGGACAACAAAAAGAAAUUGGAAGUUAAAGGUGUUUAUAUAGCUGGAUUGGGAAUGCAUAUUUGCCAUAAUGUAGCAGAUUGUGAAAGUUUAAUGCAGACAGGUUUUAACAGUAGACAUGUUGGUGCGACUUUAAUGAACAAGGAUUCGAGCAGGUCACAUUCAAUAUUCACAGUUUAUGUAGAGGCUCUCUCCAAAAGUGGACAUAUCCGAAUGGGAAAGUUAAAUUUGGUUGAUUUGGCUGGGAGCGAAAGACAGGCAAAGACGGGUGCUACAGGAGAACGUUUUAAAGAAGCAACAAAAAUCAACCUUUCACUUUCUGCUCUCGGAAACGUUAUUUCUGCUCUAGUUGAUGGCCGUUCUACACACAUUCCUUAUAGAGAUUCUAAACUUACUAGAUUACUUCAAGACUCCCUUGGAGGAAAUACAAAAACAGUAAUGAUUGCUUGUAUUUCUCCUUCAGAUAAUAAUUUUGAUGAAAGUUUAUCAACUUUGCGUUAUGCAAAUAGAGCAAAGAAUAUUCGGAUCCAAAAGAUGCUUUACUUAGAGAAUAUCAGGCAGAAAUUGAAAGGCUUAAAAGACUUGUUCAACAACCUCGAAAAACCAGUUGUUCACGCUAGCGAUGAAUUUGAACGAGAAAGAAAUAAAUUACGGGCAGAAUUUGAAAUUGCUAUGCGAGAGCUUCGUUCAAGCUAUGAAAAUGAACAGAAAAAUAAGGAGAAGUUGCAAACUGAUUUGGCAAAGUGAUUUUUUUAAAUUUUAUUUUGUAGAACCGGGGGUGGAGUUUUGUUUUAGUGGGGAUCGUAACGAAAAUCUGAUAUAAACGAGAGUGAAAAUAAAAGGCUAGAAAAUAAAAAAAAUAAUUUUUAUAGACUUCGAAAAGAAUAUGAAAAGGCUAGUGAAGAAAUCGAACUGGCAAAAAGUAAAGAACAAAGUGCUGAAAGUGCCAAAAA